GAAAGUGAAGAAAGAAGGAAGAAAGGAAAGAAGGAAGGAGUGAUGAAGACAGGAAGAAAAUGAGGGAGGGAGCGAAGGAGGAAGGAAGGAAGGAAAGAAAAAAGGAUGGAAAGAGGGAGGAAAGGAAAGAAGGAAGGAAAUGCAAGAGAAGAAAGCACAAGAGAAAAGGAAGAAAAGUUACGAAAGGCAACCGCUUCCCCUCUCUUUAAGAGAGAUAAACCACCUAAUCCUCACAACCACUAUUCACUUCCUGAUGCCAAACCUGGAAGGUCUCCAUUCCACGUGGAGCAUCUCCAGCCAAACGAGCCGAGUCAAAAAAAAAAAAAAAAAAACCCAAAAUCAACCCCUCCCACAACCUUAAAUUUUUAGGCCGAAGCCUACGCAGAUAGAAAGGCAGGCCUGGAACUAGCUGGAGGAGAAAGAGUUGUUACUACUGGCCUUUUACUAGCUGGAGAAGAAACAGCUUUUCCUACUUGUCCUUUUUACUCUACAACUUACUCUCUUCCCUUGCUCGGCCUUUCUUUCUUUUUCCUUUGAGUCGACCUAAAUGAUCCCAUCUUCCUGUUGUUUUUAGCCCAGGGACCAGCCAGUUUUGCAGGAAAGGCAAGAGCCUAAUUUUCUGAGAGUGACUGCAUUAGAAGAGUGAAAACUAGUCACCAAUUGCUUCUACCAUGUUCGCCAACAUAUGUCUGAGAAAGCAGAAAUUAGCAGUGACCGUUUUCUUAUUUAUCGGCGGCAUUAUUCUACUACGGGAGAAAUUCAAACCAAAAGAGGUCCGGUUAGACAAAAAAAUUACAUGCCAGAAAGUAAAUCAGGAUUUUAAAACACUGGCUUUCUUAAGAAGGACUGAAGGUCAGAAACCAUUAUUUAAGAACGGAAAAUUCUCCAAGGACAAGGUUCUAAAGUGGCAGCGGAUGCUUAUUCAGUCAUGUCCUUGGAAACCCAAUGCUACAGCGAUUAUGCAAUAUAGGGAAGAGCUAGGUCAGUGUUGCAAUGCUUCUCAUCUGCUGGUGGUAACCAAGGAAAACACACCACUGCGAUCCAUCAUCAAUUUCGAUGGUGACAAAUAUAAAAAUAUCACUGUGGACGCCACCAUGAGAAAUGUUCUAUUGAAGAGAUUUCCGUUGGCAGGUACCCGCUAUAGCAAAUGUGCUGUCAUUGGCAACGGUGGUAUCCUACAAGGUAGCAGGUGUGGACAAGAAAUCGACCAGGCUGAUUUGAUCAUCAGGUUUAAUCUGCCUCCGUUGAGGAAAACUGAAGACGUGGGAACCAAGACACACUUAGUGACCAUCAACCCCAGUAUUUUAAGCAAUAGAUUCCAAGGCUUGGUGGGUCCUCCGACAGCUUUUAUCGACGUUCUUCGGGCCUACCAAAACGCCCUUUUCCUCAUUCCUGCGAUAUCCUUUGAUUAUCAUCUUAAAAUCGGCUACCGUGCUAUAGAGAUCCUGAAGAAUUUUGGCCUGGCCCAUAGGGGAUUCUUCCUCCACCCUCACUACCUGGCUGCCCUCGAUAAGUAUUGGAAACAGAAAGGGAUGACAGGAAUGCGUCUUUCCACUGGCUUUAUGUUCACCAGUUUUGCUCUGGAGUUCUGUGACCACAUCACUCUCUAUGGCUUCUGGCCCUUUUUAUAUGACCUAAGUGGGAAACCAAUCAAUCAUCACUACUUCGACAACGUGUUGCCACUUCCUUUAGUUCACAAAAUGUCCGAAGAGUUCUCCCAUUAUCUCAAUAUGUCUGCCCAGGGUGUUUUGCGCAUACAGCUUGGCAUAUGCCAGUGAGGUUCGGAUGGGUAAGACGGUCCCUUAACCCAGGAAUAAAUCGCCCAAAGAAAAAAAAACAAUCAGUUUGCGGUUCCCAGCAAAGCAACAUGGAAUUUGUACCGGUGAGGAACAGGAUCCUUCACAAAAUACAAGAUUUUCCCCGCACAUUCUUUUCUAGCAAUCACAACAGCUCUUUGUAUUCCUACUCAUCGAAUGAUCGGAAAUAGCAGCCUUCUCACAAUGAGAGACAAAAUAAGAGGAACGUUCAAUUGUUAGAAUUGUAAACAAACAAAUAAAUAAAAGGAAGCUGUUUUACAAGUAA